UGGCAGCGGCGGUAAAGGAGCCGGCGAGCGACGGCGGCAGGAAGUCUGUGCCCGAGACCAGCAGAAAGAAAAGCUAGGCAGCGAGCGACUGCAGCGGCGGCGAGAGUGAAAGAGGAAACUGCCGAAGAGGAAGCUCUGCCGCAGCCCAAAGUCUCCGCCGGCGCCGGGGCCGAGCAUCGCCGCCCGCCCGCCCCGGCUCUCCGGGACUCGCCGCCGCCCGCGCCCUGUCGACCCCACGCGCCCCUGCCGCUCAGGUCGUUGCCCCCCGCCCUCGUCUGCCAUGGCCCGGGAGAACGGCGAGAGCAGCUCCUCCUGGAAAAAGCAAGCUGAAGACAUCAAGAAAAUCUUCGAGUUCAAGGAGACCCUCGGAACUGGAGCGUUUUCUGAAGUGGUCUUAGCUGAAGAGAAGGCAACUGGAAAACUCUUUGCAGUGAAGUGCAUUCCUAAGAAGGCACUGAAGGGCAAAGAAAGCAGCAUAGAGAAUGAGAUAGCGGUUCUGAGAAGGAUUAAGCAUGAAAACAUUGUUGCCCUGGAAGACAUUUAUGAGAGCCCAAACCACCUGUACUUGGUCAUGCAGCUUGUAUCCGGUGGAGAGCUGUUUGAUCGGAUAGUGGAGAAGGGAUUUUACACAGAGAAAGAUGCCAGCACUUUGAUCCGCCAGGUCCUGGAUGCCGUCUACUAUCUCCAUAGAAUGGGCAUUGUCCACAGGGACCUCAAGCCUGAAAAUCUUUUAUACUACAGUCAAGAUGAAGAGUCCAAAAUAAUGAUCAGUGACUUUGGAUUGUCAAAAAUGGAGGGCAAAGGAGAUGUGAUGUCCACAGCCUGUGGAACCCCAGGCUAUGUUGCUCCUGAGGUCCUCGCCCAGAAACCUUACAGCAAAGCUGUUGACUGCUGGUCCAUCGGGGUGAUUGCCUAUAUCUUGCUCUGUGGCUACCCUCCUUUUUAUGAUGAGAACGACUCCAAGCUCUUUGAACAGAUCCUCAAGGCGGAAUAUGAGUUUGACUCCCCCUACUGGGAUGACAUCUCAGAGUCUGCAAAAGACUUCAUCCGGAAUCUGAUGGAGAAAGAUCCAAAUAAAAGAUACACAUGUGAACAGGCAGCCCGGCACCCAUGGAUCGCUGGGGACACAGCCCUCAACAAAAACAUCCACGAGUCCGUCAGCGCCCAGAUAAGGAAGAACUUUGCGAAAAGCAAGUGGAGACAAGCGUUUAAUGCCACAGCCGUUGUGAGACAUAUGAGAAAACUACAUCUUGGCAGCAGCCUGGACAGUUCAAAUGCAAGUGUUUCGAGCAACCUCAGUUUGGCCAGCCAGAAAGAUUGUGCGGGUCUCAGGAGUGGGAGCAGAGCGGAGACCGAGGCCUACCACUGUGACGACAGUGCACUCCGGAAGCAAGUGACCAGCUCUGGCAGUGGGGCCCAGGGGGCAGGGCCAGGGAAGGGGGUCCCCAGGGGCCGCCAGCGCCACCAGCCACUCCAGAGUGAUCCCACCUUGCAUGGUGCGCCUUUCCGCACAGGACUGGAAGACAGAAGUUUUUUUAUGGCCAUAUUUUAUACUGCAAUUCUGAAGUGUUCAUUUCUCACAAACUGUACUGACUCCAGGGAGCUGAUUUACUAGGAUCUGGUGCUGUAUAUAUGAAUCUUGCAAAGCUUUGACGGAAUGGACCUUCUUCUUCCUGCUCCCCAGUUCCUGUCAUUUCCACUCUUCUUACUAUAGGUAACCAUCUACGUUGUAUUUUUUCAUUAACAACAAAAAGGUUUCAACUGGAUUAUUUAAGUAUUGGUAAAUAUUGCACAUUAGGGUUUUAUUUUUUUCCUUUUAAGAAAAAUGUCCUUUUGAUCUAUGCUUCCUAAGUUAUGUGACUUGUAUCUUCUGCUCGCUGUUAGUAGAGUUUUAUGUUAACCUUAAAGAGAUUUUUUUUUUUCCCUCCAAGGAGAAUUUAAAGGUAUUUUUUAAAAUUCUAAUAAGAGGACCGAGAAUGUUUCCAAGGUGAAGAGUGUGCUUUACUUCCAUUCCCUCCAUUCCCCCCUCUCCCACCUCCUUGGACGGGUGGCUCUGAGAGAUGACCGCAGGGCUGAGCGGUCUUCCGUCCAGCACCGCUCUGGGAGGCAGCCUGCAGAAAACCUUUCCUAGCAGCUCCUUCGGCAAACCCCCUGCCAACCAGAGACUAGGGGCCUCUUGCCCUCAGCAGCCAUAAGUAAACAAGCCUGCUCCCCAAGACUAAAGGCAUAAGGCUGCAGAGGCUGGCCCUGCUGAGGAGAUGCCCACCCAGUGACGGUGUUAGAGUCUCCCUUACAGGAGCGAGGUGCCAUUUCAUUUAAAGUGAACUUCCCACCCAGCUCCAGUUCCCUUGAGGAAUCACACACGAAAGCUCUGCUGUCAGCUAUGCAGUUUUAAAAUUCAUCUCUCUCUGUGUUUUUUAAAAAUGCAUUUCCAAUCUGACACUUAAAUUGUCCUCCAACACUCAGAAGUUCUUUCCGUUACCCUGUUCUGUUAUGAAUGUUAGCCAGAGUAGGAGAGGGAAAUGGCCUUGGAAAAGAAUCCACUUACCUGGGGUGGUGGGGAGAGGUGAUGUCUCUACGGCGAUGGCCGGAGACCUCCUCAGCCAGGCCUGGCCAGCACUUGAAGCCAUCCCUCUGACCACAGAAAUCUGAAAACCAAAGACCUGUGAUGGGAAGGGGUCACUAAAGGUCGCAGUUUACCUGGAACUGAAGAAUUUCCUGGGAUGAAGGACUUCCAUGUGCAAACCAGCAAUGUCUCAGGCAAACCGGGCCAUGUUCACGCACAUGGUGACUAUGUGUGCAGGCUGGAGCUGACACCGUGUGAAACCCAGGGCAAACCACUUUUCAAGGAGACUUCAAGGAUGCUCUGUAGGGGAGGCAAGCAGGUGGCUCCAAAUGCCAGCUUUGCAAAGGCCCUCCCUCAGCCCUCAUGUCCUACAUAGCUGUGAGUCUGCAUUCCUUACAGCCAGCCUCAAGCCCGCUGGGUACCCCUGUAGGUCUGUCUAACCAUCCAGUGACUUUCCUGGCUGCUGUCGUCAUGCCCUUCCCCUAUAGUUGGCCAGUCUCAGCAGGCUCUGGUGGCCAAGCCAUUGUCAUCACUUCUACACCUUUGCCUAUGUCCAGGCCAGAUGUUUAGUGAUAGCCCCCAAUAUGUGCAUGCACACACACACACACACACACGCACCGAGUGUUAUUUGCUUAUGUGCACACACACACACACACACACACACACACACACACACAUGCACCGAGUGUUAUUUGCUUUGGCAGCUGCAUUCUGCCUCCUCUAGGACAGUGCUGGUGUGUUAAAGAGCAGCUGGAGGGACGGGCAGCUGGUCUACCUGUUCCCACGUGCAUCAUAGGUACCCAGCCCCUUGGCAGGAAUCCCACUUGGCAUCUGCCCCACAUGCAUCCAGAGUGAAAACCAGGCCAUUACUCUUCAAACUGAAGUCCAUAAAAAGCCUGGGAAAGUCUGUAAAAUGACAACAGAUCCAGUUAAGAAGCAGGUGUCACCUGAGUUGGAUAUGACUCCCCACCUUCAUUCAGAAGGACAAUGGCAUGAAUCUCACAAAGAAUUGUCUGAGAACACUGAAACAUCUCUGCGGGGGGUUAUUAGAAUGUUGGUUACUAACAAGUGUAAUGGGACAUUCAAGUUUCUCCAGUGUAAGAAAGCAAAUAAUUAGAUGUAACGGGGUGAUAAUUUGCCUGAAAUUGGUACCUAUGAUGCAUGCCUGAACAGUUACCAGUUCUUUGUACUGUGUGCUCUGCAGUCAGUUGCACUUGGAAAGCAAUUUUAGAAGCCACAUUAUAUUAUUGCUGAUCAAGUUAUUGUCUGGAGCUGAUUUGAGGGACACAAGUUAUAUUCAGUGAGUUUGAAAGAAGGUGUUACCUGGAGCGUGCAGAGCAGGGGCAAAGGAAGCCCCAUAGCAGGUAUCCUCGUUGCUGUUGGGGUCAGCUCUUGGCCACUCAUGGCCCAUAACACUUCAUGUCUCAAUUGCAUUGUGCAAGGAGAUGGGACUGGUUUGGGCCCAAAAGUAGACUCUGUGUGCUGGAAAUCAGGCAAGUCCACCUCGCCAGGAGACUUAGGUCAUUUCCUGUGGUGUUUGGAGGAGGAGAGAACACAUAGCCCAUGGAAUAACUUCUGCUCUUCUGAGAGAGUCUUAGUGGCCAAGGGGAGAGGUUCUCCUUCAACUGGAUGUGGUAUUAUUUAUGCUUUAUUACAACACGGGAAGAGAACCCUGAACGUGCCUUUCAUUAAGACCUGCCAAGCAGGGUGGCAGAGUCCCAGGACCCUCACUGAUGACAAAUGCCACCACUAGUAACUGAGCAUUUUUCAUACAUGCACCCAGCUCACACUUGCCCUCAAAGCCUAUGUGUGUGGCUGAGGCUAAGGGGGAACCCCGCCCCCACCUCCAACUCCAAGCCUCCCAUUUGGUUUCCACCUUCUCAGAGCAAGUGAACUUUUCUUCUCACUUGAAUGUUACAUUGUGAAAUAGACCAUCUGAAUGGUCUUCCACCAGUCACCUGCCUGGGCUCCCUGGCCUCCCAGUCCUUAUGUCGCUAGUAGGGCCAUAGAGCACCUAAUGUUUGUCUGAAGCAGGGAGUGCGAACCCACAUGCAGCAGGCCCCAGCAGGCUGAACACUGGCUGCUCCAAGGGCCCUGGGGCCUGCUCGCUGCCCGCCCUCAGUGCACACACUGGGGCCGCAGUGUCAGGGUUGGGGGCAGGCAGUGGAGCUGAGAGAGGCAGGUUAUGCCUCUGUGAAGUGCACACGACCACGGAAAACCCUGGAGAUAGGAGGACACCCGAACAGACAGACGGACAGCACCGCCAGGGCCGCUUGUGGCUGUGCAGGUUCUCACUGACUCCAUGAGAAACAGAAAGGAUAAAGUCCCCCUUCCCUAUGAGAUUCCUUUUUAAAGAAAAGAGCUAUGCUGAAAGCAUGCAAACCAAGCAGAUGUGGCUUAGCGUCCUUCACUAUGGCAGUGAUCUGCUCACCUCUGAAGUCACACUUCGAGCACAGGCAGCAGCCUCCCCCUCACAGGAGCUGUGACCUCUCAGAGGGCCCCAGUCCAGCCAGCUCCCAAGCAGUGUCCGAGGAGCUCAGCAGUCUCGCUGUGGGUGAAAGAAGAUGCCUCUGGCUAACCAGGCAAGGUUCUGGCUCUAGGAAACAUGAGCCAUCUGAUGAAAGAUUUGGCAUAGGACCCUCACUGAUGUCAUCCUGCUCAUUUGUCUAUCUUGGUGUCCAGCAUGUUCUGGAUGGAUUGUGGGUAGGAAAGGGACUCCCCUUUAGAACGAAGGCCAAGAACACCAGGGACAAGUGACCCCAUCUGAAAGGGGGUUGACUCUCUGCCUUGAGGAGCUACAGCUUAAUCUGAUUGACCCAUGGAGAUUUGGUGUUGCAUGAACAACUUUAAACAGAAAAGACUGUAACCCAAUAGAGAUAACUCAGUAUUUUUAAGGCCUUGGCCACCAUGUCCCUGUGGCCCACACAGAUCCACAGCCAGUAUUGCUUCUUCACUGGAGAAGCCGCACUGGAACCAUCACUCCAGGACUGAAGCCAGGAGGGCCAGGGUUGUGGCCUCUGCUGCAGCCAGGAACCCCCUGCGUUGUUUCCGCAGUGCAUCGCCGGGGCUCCUUUGAAUGUGUGACAUAAAAAAGCAAGGCCAGCAGAAAGCAGCUCCUCCCAUUUCCUAACUAGAAAUAAGAUACACCCUUUCCCAGGUCACAGUCACUUCUGGCAAAUGAAAUGCAGGUCCUCUUAGUCAACCAAUGCACGAAAUCUUCGCAUGUUCUUCUGAAACAGUACUAUUUCCACAUCUGUGUACUCACACUCUGCAAAGUUGGCCUUUUCCUUAAACACAUUCCAGACCAAACACUGUUGAGUUUGUUCCCCAAAAAAGAAUAAUGUAUAUACCUGUAUGUAACCAUCACUCUUUGGAGGGGGCACUUGGUCCUAGGUUGGGGCUGCAAGUGUACUUGACAUUUGCAAAAAAGUUUCCCAAUCCUUUGAAUUUUUGAAUUGAAAAUGUUAAGAUAGAAAAGGUGAAUUGGGCAAACAGCUUUCUAAAAGGGGGGCUUAUUUCCUGAAAAUGCUACCUGAAGAUGCUAAGAAAACUAGUCUGGAUGAGUUAGCUUGAACGCCUCUGCUGUGGGUUGCAGGCAGGCAGGAGAAAGAGAGGCCCACACCCUCUGCAGCCCGCACCUUCACUGUGGUCCAUGCAUGGUGAUCUGCAGCCUUCCGUGUGCAGGGGCCCAGCCCCACUGUGAAGUUGGCCAAGGCCUGGCCGCCUCCUGCUCCAGCUGACUCAGACGGGCAGGAACAUCAUCAGCCCUCCACCACCUUUCCUGCCAUCAGCAGAAGGGGCAGCUCAGCUUUUGGCUCUGGGGUGAGGGAGGGAGUCUCUGCUUCUGCAAACCCAAAGGGUAUACAUUUGGCAGCCAACCCACAGCAUGUGGCUGCCAGGUCUGGUUUUGUGGACAACACAGUGUGUGGAAUGGCUUCUCAGCAUCUGUAUCUUUCUACACCAAAGGGACACACUGUUGCAUCCACCCUUUGUACUAACGCCACGUCUGUGUUCUCUAUACCCACUCUAAGCCUUUUGGUCUCCAGGGAACUUCGCAUACAAUGAUUAUGUCUUCUGAUUAUUUACCUAAUUACUUUAUGUAGAGGUGAUUUUAUUUUCUUAUGGAUAGGAAAAAGAAAAUAGGUGUUUGAGGCUUUCUUCAUAGAGAUAGGACAUUACUAGGAGACUCAAAAGCCCCAAACACUAGGUAAGUUACUUCUCAAAGGAGAACAUUAAUCUGGACAGACUGAGAUGGCAGCACAGGGCUGGCAGACAGGCAUCCAGGAAGAAGAGAGAAGGAAGAGGAACAUCUGCUCGGAUGUUUGCCCUGCACACGGAAGCCUGCUGCCCUCCUUCCAGGGACCCUUGGCCUUCAGCACAGUUUGAGAUGCUGUCCAAAUGGGCAGAAAUCCUGUAGCAUUGCAGCAGUGGCCUUGUUUUGAAAGAUGGGGUGGCAUGUUUCAGAGAACAUGUCUCUUAGUCCUGCAUUCAGGUUGGAAGACAGACAAGGUACAUUCUGUCCAGAAUACAAUUUGAAACAAUUUCAAAAUUGGCUGUAGUCACUACCCAUUAUGUCAUCACCCUUCUGGCAGCUCUCCCAACAAGUGAGCAUGUUUUCCAAAAGCUUACAAUGUGGAACCUAGGAAUGUCCCCAUGUCUAUUGCCAGGCUUGUGAUUGGUUAAAUUUUUCCAUAAAAACAUGCUUGUCCAAAAGAAGGGAAACUGCAUUUAUCCCACGCAUGUAACAAACUGCAAGGGUUUAACCCACAUAGGUCUGCGACACGGCAGCGCUGUAAUGGCCUAUGUAGCAAAUGAUUCUCUCUGCCUUGACAAUCAUGUACACAUAUCAAGAUUUCUAUCACAAUGACAAUGAGAUUGAUGAGUUGUUUUCCUCCAAUAAAGACAAUUAAUCACCUUCA